AUGGCCUCACAAACUACCGAAAGCCAGAAUGACACUACCCCUUACGUCCCAUUGAUCAUCAACGGCAAGGAAGAGCGCGCUGCCUCAUCUUUUGACGUGAUCAGUCCCUACACCAACGAGCCCUGCUGGUCCACCGCAUCUGCCUCUCCCGAAGAUGCCAUCCGCGCAGUCGAGGCCGCCGAUGCUGCCUUUCCAGCCUGGUCGCAGACGAAACCCACUGUCCGGCGAGAUCUCCUACUGAAAGCUGCUGAUAUCCUCGAGAGCCGUCUGGAGGAAUGUGCUGGAUACAUGAGGACGGAAAUGGGUGCCGACGUGGGCGCGUCGCAGUUCUUUGUUGUGCCAUUGGCGAUUCGCAUGCUGCGUGAGGUGGCGGGGCGCAUCACUUCUAUUUGUGGGAGUGUGCCGGUCGUCGAGGAGGAGGGGCAGAGUGCCAUUGUCUACAAGGAGGCUAUGGGUGUGAUUCUGGGAAUUGUUCCUUGGAACGCGCCUUAUGUCUUUGGUAUCCGAUCUGCAGCUUGUGCGUUGGCUGCCGGUAACACGACCAUCCUCAAAUCCUCCGAACUCACUCCCCGCUGCUAUUGGGCGAUCGGUCGCGCCUUUGAAGACGCAGGCCUGCCCGCAGGUUGUCUCAAUGUUGUCUCGUGUCGGCCUCAAGAUGCUGCUGCGGUGUUCAAUGCCAUGGUCGAGCACCCCGCGGUGCGCAAGGUCAACUUCACCGGUAGCACGGCGGUGGGAAGAAAGAUUGCCGCGGUCUGUGGCCAAAACCUCAAGCCCUGUCUGAUGGAACUGGGAGGAAAGAACAGCUCGAUUGUCUGUGCAGAUGCGAAUCUCGAAACUGCAGUCAAGGGUGUUUUGGCUGGUUCCUUUUUGAAUUCUGGUCAAAUCUGUAUGGCUACCGAUCGGAUCAUCGUGCACUCGUCUAUUGCGCCAGCUUUCACGGAUGCGCUUAAAAAGGGACUCAUCGCCGCAGCCGAUUCUAAAUCCCUACCCCCGACAUUGGUGAAUGCCGCUUCCAAAGCGCGUGUGGAGGGACUCAUCUCGGAGGCUGUCUCCUCCGGUGCUAACAAGAUCCAGGGAUCUUAUGACCAGACUAACAGCGGUGUCCGCAUGGCUCCCGUUAUCCUGGAGGGAGCGAAGGAGGACAUGAGAGUCUGGCAAGAAGAGUCCUUUGCCUCGCUGGCUGCAUGCAUGGUUGUCGACAGCGAUGAAGAAGCCAUCCGCAUUGCCAAUAGCAGCGGAUACGGACUGUCAGCAUCGGUGUUCACAGAAGAUUUACGCAAGGGAUUGGCCAUGGCCAAGAAGAUCCAAUCUGGUGCCGUGCAUAUCAACAGCAUGUCCAUCCAUGACGAGCCUGUUCUGCCCCACGGUGGCGUCAAGAAUAGUGGAUGGGGACGAUUUAAUGCUGCCGAGGGACUUUCAGAGUUCCUGGUCACCAAGAGUGUAACCUGGAUGGAUUAA